AUGCGGUUUCUCAUGAACCUGCGACGUUCCUCUAUUCUGAUACGUCGAAGGUUAUCUUUCUGCUGGGUUCAACGGAGCAAGGCACAGUUUUCAAGCACAGCAGAACUAACCAGCGUCCACGAUGUCAACCACAGCUUUUACAACUAUACAUCCGGAAGAUGGCUGUAUAAUGAAGGCAAGCGGUUCCAUGAGCGUCAUCUAUUCUUCGAUGUCGAUAAACUCUUGGACAUCAUUGCCAAAUCCGUGAAUCAGAGCAGUCAAAAUGUCGUCAGGCUCGCAAAAAUCGCAGAGGGCGGAUCUUACCGUGUAUUUGAGGCUACAUUCAAGAAUGGGCAAGAGGUCAUUGCCCGUUUGCCAUACCCAUCCACCUUACCUCACACCUACGGUGUAGCUAGUGAGGUUGCCACAAUUGAAUACCUUCGACUCCAAGGAAUCCCUAUACCUAAGGUUUUGGCGUGGAAUAGUUCCUCCAAUCCACUAGGAGCAGAGUACGUCGUAAUGGAGAAAGCCAAGGGGGGGGAACUAGAAACCGCAUGGUAUUCUAUAGGGUUUGAUGAACGGAAAACAGUCGUGAAAAAGCUUGUUGCCAUUGAAAGUCACCUUUUUAAGAUCAAGCUCCCCGCGUUUGGUAGUCUUUAUCAUACAGACUCGUUACCGCAUGGCACCGAUAUGGUUGUUCUCCCUGACAAUAAUGCUUUUUGUGUUGGACCUUCUGUAGAGCUCCUAUGGUGGUAUCAUAAGCGCGAGGAACUGAAAACAAACAGAGGCCCUUGGAAGUCUCCUGCUGAAUUGUUAAAGUCUAUUGGACUUCGAGAAAUACAAUGGCUUCGACUCUUUGGGGAGCCACGAUACCCUCGAGAGGCCUUAUACAGGGAGCUCUAUGAUAAUAAGAAAGUCAACCCAGAGGUACAAAUCCGCAACCUCGAAGAUUUCCUUUCAGUGGCUCCAUAUAUAAUUCCCUCUCAGGAAUUUCUUAACGAGCCCACCAUUCGUCACCCCGACUUGUCACCAAACAAUAUCUUCAUGACUGAAACUGGAGAAAUCAGCAGCAUCAUUGAUUGGGAACGCACUUCGAUUCUUCCUCUGUUCAUCCAAGCGAAGAUUCCAAAGCACUUUCAGAAUUAUGGAGACGAGGAUUCGGAGAACUUCAAUUAUCCAGAGUUAAGGAAAGACUUUGACUCGCUGGCUGACGACGAAAAAGAGCUGGAGCAGGAGAUCUAUAGAAAGAGGCAAACUCACUAUUAUUACCUUGGCUUUACGAGCCGCUAUAAUGAGAACCAUUUUCGCGCGAUGGCAAGCUACAGCGGUGUGAUGCGGAGCCGGCCAUAUGAUGUUGCUAAUCGCCCAUGGGAAGGCGAUAGUACAACGCUGAAAGCAACUCUCAUCAAUAUGGCUUCCUACUGGCCAGGAAUUGCAAGUGCCGAUAUGAAAGACACUCAGUACCCUUUGCAAUAUUCACCAGAAGAGGCCAAAAAAUGUCUUGACAUCGAUGCAGAACAAAAGACCGCGAACUCUCAAAUGCAAAAUAUUAGAGAUGCUGUUGGUAUCAAUGUGGACGGCUGGGUACCAAACGAAAUGUAUGAGGAAGCAACGGAGCGAAUGGCAAACAUCAAAGCGCAUAUGCUGGAGAUUUCUGAGACAGAAGAGGAUCGAGAAGACCUCUUGCAGAAUUGGCCAUUUCAGGAUCAUGAAGAGAUAGAUUAG